AUGUCAGUUGUCUUUGACAUGAAAGAUGCUCCCUGGCUGGAGCGGGCRAUCUGGAAAGUGGAGAAAGGCCCAGAUGGAAAAGCCAUUGUGGAAUUCCUGUCCAACCUGGCCCGCCACACCAAGGCCGUCAAYGUCGUGCGCUUCUCUCCCAGCGGGGACAUCCUGGCCUCCGGAGGGGAUGAUGCUGUUAUUUUGCUGUGGAAGCUGAAUGACAGCAAAGAGUUGGAGCCAUUGGUUUUUCAGGAUGAAGAUGAAGCUCAGCUCAACAAAGAGAACUGGGCAGUCAUUAAAACUUUAAGAGGUCACUUGGAAGAUGUGUAUGAUAUUUGUUGGACCUCAGAUGGAAACUACAUGGCCUCUGCUUCUGUAGAUAACACAGCAAUCAUGUGGGAUGUUAAUAAAGGGCAGAAAGUUUCAAUAUUUAAUGAACACAAGAGUUAUGUCCAAGGAGUAACCUGGGAUCCUCUAGGCCAGUAUAUUGCAACCCUGAGUUGUGACAGGGUCCUGCGGGUUUACAACACWCAAACSAAGCGAGUGGCCUUCAAUGUCACCAAGAUGCCAUCAGGAUCAGGAGCUGAAGGAGAGGCGAGGAGCUUUCGGAUGUUUCACGAUGACAGCAUGAAGUCGUUUUUCCGCMGGCUCACCUUCACUCCUGAUGGCUCCUAUCUGCUCACUCCAGCUGGCUGUGUGGAAUCAGGAGAGAACGUUACAAACACCACCUAUGUUUUCUCCAGAAACAAUCUUAAAAGGCCUGUGGGUCACCUGCCCUGUCCUGGCAAGGGAACUUUGGCUGUCCGCUGCUGCCCUGUGUACUUUGAGCUGAGAGGAGCAUCUGCUAAAGAUGAAAUCAGCCCCAAAUCUUGCCCUGCCCUGUUUAACCUGCCAUACCGAUUGGUGUUUGCUGUUGCUUCUGAAGACUCUGUGCUUUUUUAUGACACUGAGCAGUCCUUCCCCUUUGGUUACGUUUCCAACAUCCAUUACCACACCCUGAGUGACAUUUCAUGGUCCAGUGACGGAUCCUUCCUGGCCAUUUCCUCCACGGAUGGGUACUGCUCGUUCGUCACCUUCGAGAAGGACGAGCUGGGAGUGCCCCUGAAGGAAAAGCCCCAGAUAAAUGUCAGGACUCCUGGUGCAGCAGACAAGAAAGCCAAGAAGAGCCAGCCCCACAAAACCAUUUCCCCGGGCUCCAGGCUGGCAGAGGGGACCCCUCCCAGCAGGGAUCCCACCCUCCAACCUCGAACCCCCAGCACUGCUGGCAAGGAGCUGCCUUCCACACCUGUGGGCAUCAAAACCAUCCCAGUGGCAUCCUCAGAGGAGAGGAAAAACACCCAGGCAGGCAGCCAGAGCAGCAAAACCCCCCAGCCCAGGAGGAUCACCCUCACCACUUUACAGUCCUGUUUCAAGACACCCAGGAGAGUAAACUUGAUUUCCUUGAAGCCAGAUACCCCAACCUCUGCAUAUCCAGACCCAGUUCCUGUCCCUCCUUCCUCAGAACAGGAACCUGAGAGGCCAUCUGAUGAGAGCCUCCAAAAUCCCCCAGCACCAAAACGUCCCAGGACUGAGGAAUUGUCUCUUCCUGCAGCUGCUGGAGACCAAACCAGCUGUGAUUCCAACAAAUAAGGGCUGAGCAGAUUCCUCACCAUCCAAAGUCACAGCAGCAAUACCUGAAUGCAUUUCUUUGUGCAAAAGUUUAAUCCUCAAUUCCCAAUUCAAGUUCUCUGUGCAUGUUUGAUGUAGAAAUGGGAAGAACCUGCCAGUGGAAGAUACAGGUUUUGGGAACGUGGUUCUGCAGUAGAAGAAAUAGUUGGGAAGUGACUUCAAGAAUAAGGAAAUCUGGGAAAUCUGGGGAUUAAAGAACCAUCCAUUAACCUGGGAGUCUCCAUCAGAGUUCCUAAGUCCAUGUUUAUAAAGCAUUAUGUCUUCCAGUAACCUGUCUGGUGAAAAGAAUCGAAUGCAUUCAUAAGAUUUGAUGUGCUUUAUGCGCUAAAAAAAAAAGGGGAAAUUGUGUCAUUGCAGCAGUUUGGUUCAUUUCUUUAGCARUGUGUGAAAUAAUGCUCCCCAGUACCUGUGGAGUGGAGCUGAUUCACUCUGAAUUCUGAAACAGAAAUGGAAAGAUUUAAGUGCAAGAAACAAGAAAGCAAAAGGAAGAAACCUCUGAAAACCUGUUACAAGAAUUAAACAGCAGAAAGUUUUUACUUGUGUAAUUUCUGUAAAUUUUCUAAGAAAAGAAAUGCAGGUGUGAUAUUUUCCUGAGGCAGCAGGAUUUGAGUGUGUCCACUGAAAUUUCCCCUUUUCUCCCCAGCUUAACUCCCUUGGCCAAUGAAAUACAAUCCAGUGGAUGGGGAAAUUUCUAAACAUUAAAUUUCUUUUCAGCAUUUAAUACUUUUUAAAAGSAGAAAUACAAAUGUUCCAGAAGUGACUCAUAGAAGUCUCCCAGGGAGGAAAUAUUAACAAACACCUCUGUCAGUCUUUCAGGCAAAUGAACUCUGUUGCCUACAAUUAAAUUUCAGCUAUAAUUAAUAAGCAAAAAGUUGUAGGGAACUUGAUGGGAUCUUCGUUUUCUCACUGUGCUGAGGAUGGAUCUUCAUUAGAUUUAAUUAAACCUGKUUUUUUUUCUAGUGAAGAGUUAUAAAAACUUCAUUCUUACAUUUAUUUCUCUGGCUUUUAYGUAGAUCUUUUGAAGGAUGAUCUUUAURUCCUAAUUCUUUAUUCUUUUUUUUYAUUUAUGCGUUCUCAAAAGAAAAUUGUUUCUGUUCCAUCUAGGAAAGCARGAUUUGCUUUUCUUAGGAAUUCUGUUUUAUAGUUGACUGAGGAAAAUUAGUCCAUACAUUGAGAGCAUUUCUCUGUUGGGAGAUGCAAAUGAUAAUCCUGAAAUGCCACAGGMAUCUCCAGCUUUUCCAUGGAUGUCUGGAGCAUCAUUUCUGUUGGAAAAGGUCUUUGGAGAGGUAAGGAGAGGGAUAGGGAAGCCUUAUGAAUCAUUUCCAGUGCAAACUCUCACCCAAAACCCACUUUUCCGUGGUUGAGUUUCUGCUCAUUAAAAUCAUGAGGAUCUCUUGCUCCUCACCAAAAACCACGCGGACAUCCCACCUUAAAAUCCAGAUAUUUCUGGGAGCCAGUGAACUGAGCAGGCCUUGUUCCAUAUGGAUUUAGAGGCAGCUGCACCAAAUAGAUUUUGCAAUUUUUUUAGAUGGGUUUCCAACAGAUUUCCUAACUUUUUAGCUGGGUGAGGACUCAGGGUUGUCUUGGUCCUGGAAAGACUUCCUGCUAUGUAAUAAUGUUCAAUUUUUAUACAGCCAGACCUUGUGUUCCUGUGCUUUUGAUUUAAUUUUGCACCCAUCCAGCUGUCUGUAUUAAUAAUAUCUUGUCAUUAAUUAACCACUGCCUUUUGGUCAAAAUGUGCUUGAUCCUUGCCCAUGGAUUCAAAAGAGACUGUACUUUGUGUGCACAUUCCCAAUGUUUAUAUGAACUUUGUUAUCAAAUAAAGAGCAUAAAGACCAUAAAAUUAAGCAAGAAAAACAGACUUUUGAAGGAAUUUUGUUGUGUUUGUSUUUUCUGCUCUGGAAGUUGCAGGAUCCUGAAGAAGAUUGGAGUUAUUUAUGUGAUGACAAACAGUGUCAGGAAUUAAAUGAGAGGAGGGAUGUGAAUCCRCCCUCCCGGGACAGCCUCUUCCACUGUUUGACAUCCCUUUCCAGGAAGAAAUUUUUCUUGAUACCCAAUUUAAACUGGACACAGCCCUGGAGGGACAAUUUUUGGCAGUCCCAAAUCUCUGAGUGCUCCCUGUGCACUGAAAAAUGGAAAUGGUGAAAGUCAGGCAGAUGUGAGAUGCUCCUGCCCACUGGGAGCUCCUGAUUUUCAAUUGCCAUGUGGGAGUGGGACAGGGCCUGAAUUACUGGAAAGGAGGAGGAUGGAUGUGACUGGGAGAGGUAAAGUGACAAUUAAUUAUUUCUAUUAUAAUUAAUCAUAUAUUAUAUAUUACAUAUAAUAUUUAUAUUUAAAAUAUAAUGAAGUAUAAUGAAUUUGAUCUGGGUGUAGAGAGACUUGAGAAGAAGAAAGUGGCGWUUGGGAAGCUGAGAGGGAGUUUGGUACCCUUGGGAAUUCCUGUGCAGGACUCAGCCAGUGAUGAUUCUUCUCACCCAAGAUCACCUCAUUUUCCAAGUCGGGUUUUAGUUGGGAGUUUUUUGUGGGAUUUUUUUCCCUCUGGAAUGGGAAGGCUCUUUUUUGUUUUGCCAUAAAGCUCCGAGAUUCUCUCCUGCCAGCAGGUGCCAGCGUUCCCUAAAGCAAAUCAAACCGAGCAGAACUUCCCCUCUAUUCCAGACUUCUACCUUCAGGACAUUUUCCAUCACUUCACUUUCUGUGUUCUACCAAGUGAUUAUUUCUGGCUCCCUUCCCACUGGAGAAGAAGCAAACAGGGUUCUACAGGAGCGAGUUUUGAGUGUGUGCACUGAAAUCUCCUCUUUUUUCCCCAGUUUAACUCCCUCAGCCAGUAACAUACAAUCCAGUGGAUGGGAAACUUUGAAACCUUAUACUUCUC